AUGGACUUCAACAACAACUAUUUCUCAGCCUCAGCCCAGCAGUAUGGGUUCCCAGUCCACCAGUUACCCCCCCCAGGCCCUCCCUCACUCUCCAUGGGUUCUGACGACUACAGCAACAAUUCUCCUCCAGAAGCAACGUUCCAUGACUUCCAGACAUUCGACCCGUAUGCCAACCAGCAUUUCCCUAUAGCAAAGUCAAUAACACCCGUCACCCCGGUUCAGCAGCUACCGAAGCAUACGCAGCAGGUUAACAAUAAUCCGGCCUUAGGAGGGUUUGACCCCGUCAACUACCAAGACCAAGAACGCCGCGAAAGUCCCAGUGACGAUGACGAGAAGACACCCGCCCAGACACGGCGCAAGGCGCAGAAUCGAGCAGCGCAACGAGCCUUCCGCGAGCGCAAAGAACGCCAUGUGAAAGAACUCGAGGCGAAACUGGCCGCUCUGACGCAAAACUCGGCGACAGUCGCCGAAGAGAACGAGCGACUCAAGUUACAAUUGCAAAAGACCGAGACCGAGAAUCAGAUCCUGAUGGCGACGUCUCACCACUCCCAGCGGACCAGCUCUCAGUCACCCCAGGCCACGGGGCCUAUGAGCUUCUCGCCCACGGACUUCUACUCGGAAGUUCUAAUUGGACAUGAUAACAAGACUCCAAGUCAUCGAAUUGUCACCAGUGAGAGUGGCGAACGGCUUCUUGCAGCCGGGGCUACAUGGGAUUAUAUCAUCAAGCAUGACCUCUUCCAACGAGGUCUUGUCGACGUUGGUGAUGUGAGUGAUCGUUUGAAAAGAGUAGUGCGAUGCGAUGGCCAAGGACCUGUGUUCGAAGAACGAGAAAUCCUUUUAGCGAUUGAGCAGAGCGUCGCUAGCGGCAGUGAUGAACUUCUAUGA